GUGACCACAGACUAAAAAGAAAACAUUUUCAAAGAUGAACAGAAAAAUUCUCAUAGUCCUUCUUAUGAUUAUAGCAUCAGGGAAUGCCCAAAGCCCAACAACGAAUGCCCCCACAACAACCACAGCUACUGCUGCAACCACAACCACAGCUGCCCCCACGACCACCACAGCUGGCAUGACGACAACCACAAUUCCUGUCACAAUAACCACAGCUGCUUCGACUAAAACAACAGCAGCAACCAACACAAUCACAGGAGCUGCCACCACAACCACUACUGCUCCUACUACAACCACAGCUCCUGUCACGACAACCACAGAUGCUCCAUCUAAAAUCACAAAUGGAGUCACAACAUCCACAGUUUAUCCCACAACAACCACCGAUUCUCCAACAACAACCACAAGUGCUACCACCACAUCCACAGGUGCCUCCACUAUCACCACAGCAGGCAUCACAACUACCACAGUUGCGCAUUCAACAACCACAGCUGCUCCAACUACAACCUCAACUACGUCCAUGAUGACCACCACAGUACCUGCCAUGACAACGACACCUGCAACUGCUGCAGCAGCCACCACAACCACAGUUGCUGCAACCACAACCACAGGUGCUCCAACUACAACAACAGCUACUGCUGCAACCACAACCACAGCUGCCCCCACGACCACCACAGCUGGCAUGACGACUACCACAAUUCCAAUCACAACAACCAUAGCUGCUUCAACAACAUCAACAGCAGCAACCACCACAAUCACAGGAACUGCCACCACAUCCACUUCUGCUACUACUACAACCACAGCUCCUGUCAUUACAACCACAGAUGCUCCAACUACAACCACAAAUGGAGUCACAACAUCCACAGUUUCUCCCACAACAACCACAGAUGCUCCAACUACAAUCACAAAUGGUGUCACAACAACCACAGUUUUUCCCACAACAACCACAGGUGCUGCCAUCACAACCACAGGUGCCGCCACAGUCACCACAGCAGGCGUCACAACUACCACAGUUGCUCAUUCAACAACUACAGCUGCUCCAACUACAACUUCAACUACGUCCAAGAUGACCACCACAGUUCCUGCCAUGACAACGACACCUGCAACUGAUGUAGCAGCAACCACAACGACAGUUGCUGCAACAACAACAACAGCUGCUCCAACUGCAACCACUUCAACUGCUGCAACCACAACUACAGCUGCCCCCACGACCACCACAGCUGGCAUGACGACUACCACAAUUCCGGUCACAACAACCACAGCUGCUUCGACUACAACAACAGCAGCAACCACCACAAUCACAGAAGCUGCCACCACAACCCCUACUGCUCCUACUUCAACCACAGCUCCUGUCAUGACAACCACAAAUGCUCCAACUACAACAACAAAUGGAGUCACAACAACCACAGUUUCUCCCACAACAACCACAGGUGCUGCCACAACAACCACAGAUGCUCCAACUACAACAACAAAUGGAGUCACAACCACAGUUUCUCCUACAACAACCACAGGUGCUUCCAUCACAACCACAGGUCCCGCCACGGUCACCACAGCAGGCAUCACAACUACCACAGUUGCUCCAACUACAACCACAGCUACUGCUGCAAACACAACCACAGCUAAUCCCACAACCACCACAGCUGGCAUGACAACUACCACAAUUCCGAUCACAAUAACCACAGCUGCUUCGUCUACAACAACAGCAGCAACCACUAUAAUCACAGGAGCUGGCACCACAACCACUACUGCUCCUACUACAACCAAAGCUCUUGUCAUGACAACCGCAGAUGCUCCAACUACAAACACAAAUGGAGUCACAACAUCCACAGUUUCUCCCACAACAAACACAGGUGUUGCCACCACAACCACAGGUGCCACCACAACCACAGGUGCUCCAACUACAACCACAACCACAGCUACUGCUGCAACCACAACCACAGCUGACCCCACAACUACCACAGCUGGCAUGCCGACUACCACAAUUCCGGUCACAACAACCACAGCUGCUUCGACUACAACAACAGCAGCAACCACCACAAUCACAGGAGCUACAACCACAUCCACCACUGCUCCUACUACAACCACAGCUCCUGUCAUGACAACCACAGAUGCUCAAACUGUAACCACAAAUGGGAUCACAACAACCACAGUUUCUCCCACAACAACCACAGCUGCUGCCUCCACAACCACAGCUGCCACCACCACAACCACAGCAGGCAUCACAAAUAUCACAGUUGCACAUUCAACAAACACAGCUGCUCCAACUAUAAGCUCAACUACGUCCAUGAUGACCACCACAGCUCCUGCCAUGACAAUGACACCUGCAACUGCUGCAACAGCCACCACAACCAGAGUUGCUGCAACAACAACCACAGGUGCUCCAACUACAACCACAGCUGGCAUUACAAAAACCACAGCUGACAAAACAACAACCACAGCUUCUGCCACAAAAACUACAGAUGCUCCAACUACAACCACAGUUUUUGUUGCAACAACCACAGCUGCUCCUAUAACAACCACAGCUGCUUCUGUUGUUGAAUCAACAAUCAACAAUGCUGCCGCCUCCAGUGGAAUAAGCUACAAGACAAGUCUACUCAUCUGUCUUGUUAUGUUGUCACUGCUUGACUAAUACUGAUAUAACUGAUCACCACUGUGACAGGGAAAAUUACCAACAAUAUAAUCAUAUUUAUUAUGAGAACUGUAUACUAUUUGUUAUUAUUUAUUUCAUAAAAAUGUACAGGGAAAAGAUGAAUUGCUAUGGAGAACAUGAGAAUAUUGAACAGCUUGAGGAUAAUGUAAUAAAAAAGACAGCUGUUCUGCCAAUUAUCAACAAGAUUUUAAGAAUCUUGAUAGUUAUUCCUUCUACUUACUGCACUCAUACUUAUUGUAACUGAAUGGUGCAUUUAUACUGUUUUGUAAUUCACUAUUACUCAUACUUUGAAUGAAGAAAAUGCUGGUGUCGUUUUCUGUACCGGA